AUGGUCAAAUACGCUAAAGACCAGCCAGCGGGCUUCACAAACUCCGUUGAUAGAGUCGCAAUCGUCGGCGCCGGCGGUACGAUCGGCUCUCACAUCGCCAAUGCCCUUCUGCGAAACGACAAGCAUGAACUCACCGCACUGACCCGCAAAGGAAGUACCAACGAUCUCCCCGACGGGAUUCGCAUCGCCUCCAUCGAUUACAACGAUGAAUCAACCCUUGUUGCCGCUCUCCAGAGCCAGCAAUUCCUUAUCAUAACUAUGGCUCCCAACGCUCCGAAGGAUACGCACAGCAAACUCGUCCAAGCAGCCGCUAAAGCUGGAGUACCUUACAUCAUGCCAAAUGGCUACGCCGGCGAUAUCGACCAGGUUACACUCGGCGAGGACACUCUGCUUGGACCGAUCGCGAAAGCGAACAGAGAUGAGAUUGAAAGGCUGGGUAUGAAUUGGAUUACUGUUUGUUGCGGGUUUUGGUUCGACUACAGUCUUGCCGGCGGCGAGAACCGUUUUGGGUUUGAUUUUGACAAGAAGUCGCUUACGCUUUAUGACGAUGGCAAUGUGAAGAACUCGACUUCUACACUUGCGCAGGUUGGAAGAGCUGUUGCCAGAGUUCUGAGUUUAAAGGAACUCCCUGAUGAUGAGAACGACGAGAGUCUCACGAUAUUGAGCUUCUUGGACAAGGCGGUUUACUUGAACAGCUUCGUCGUUAGCCAGCAAGACCUUUUUGAGAGCGUCAAGCGUGUCACUGGUACUUCUGACUCCGACUGGACUGUUACUCAUGAGUCAAGCAAGAAUAGGUACGAGGAGGGUAUGGCGCAGGUUAAGCACGGAGACAUGUCUGGAUUCAGCAAGUUGCUCUACUCGAGAGCUUUCUUCCCAGAGGAUCCGAGUAAUCUAUCUGCUAAGGCUCAGAACGAGUUACUUGGUUUGCCGGAGGAGGACCUGGACGAGGCGACGAAAGAUGGAAUUGCCUUGGUCGAGGCAUUGAAGGGUCGUGGUGAGCGUAUGAAUCAUUAG